AUGGUGGCAGUAGCAGCACUAACUUCAUUCAACCCUCCUCAAAACCCAGCAUCAGCAUGGCGUCGCACCCUAUUGCCCCCAAACGCUGCGUUUUGCUCUCCCCUUCUCAAGAAGAAGAACAAGCCAAUGUCUUGGUCAUUUUGUGCUCACUCCUUGCCUUUCGACCUCUCUCCUCCUCCUAUCGACCAUGACUUUCUGAAAAAAAGGUUUUCCUGCGAAUCCUUCUAUUUUCCCGGGGAGUUUUCUUCUCUCUCCGGCAACUUGUGCCUCUUUCUUUUCAGUCAUGGCAGCGUCCUCGCAACAGAAGGGUCUGCAUCGGUGUCUUCCCCUCAACAGGAAGCCCAUGAAAACAACUUGAAUGAGUUGCUAGAUGAAGAGAUGGAAGAAAUGCCGGAGAUUAGGAGUCUUCGAAUAGGGAAAUGGCCUCUAACAUCAAGCGAGGUCACUUUACCUGCUUGGAAGAAGACCCGCAUAAAGUUUCGAAUUGAUGCAAUUGGAAAUUACGGUCAUCACCUGAAAGUUCCAAGCUAUAAUGAGUUUAGAAGUCCACUUCUUAAAAAGGAGUUGGAAUACGUGAAGGGAUUGUUGAGAAUGUUGUUUUUGUUGUUUGUUUCUGUAUCAUAUUGUGAGACUGAACCAAAUGAUUGUUAUACCUCCGAUGGACAACAGUUUGAUUCUGUCAAAACUGCGGGCACAGAUAUUUCUGGGGAAGGGAUAAUUGAGAUAUUCCAUAAUGAUGAUGAAGCACUGGAUGCUGUGGACAAUGGGGUUGUGGUUGUGGAUCUUUCACACUUUGGCCGGAUAAGAGUCAGCGGAGAGGAUCGCAUUCAGUUCCUUCACAACCAGAGUACUGCAAACUUUGAAUGUCUACAUGAAGCACAAGGAUGUGACACUGUUUUUGUAACACCAACAGCUCGAACAAUAGAUAUUGCUCAUGCAUGGAUCAUGAAAAAUGCGGUAACAUUAGUGGUUUCUCCAGAGACCUGUAGGACCAUUACUGAAAUGCUGAACAAGUACAUAUUUUUGGCUGAUAAGGUGGAGAUUCAAGACAUAACUAAGCAAACCAGCUUUUUUGUUAUGGUUGGACCGAAAAGUGGCCAAGUGAUGGAGAACUUGAACAUUGGUGAUCUUGUUGGAAAACCAUAUGGCACACAUCAACAUUUUAAUGUUGAUAAGGAGCUUGUAACUAUAGGGGUUGGAAACAUAAUUUCUGAAGGUGGUUUUUCAUUACUGAUGUCUCCAGCAGCUGCUCCUUCGAUUUGGAAAGCAAUUCUCACUCAAGGGGCCAUCCCAAUGGGUUCUAAUGCAUGGAAUAAAUUACGGAUUAUUCGAGGUAGGCCCGCCCCUGGAAUGGAACUUACAGAUGAAUUUAAUGUCUUGGAGGCCUGUCUAUGGAGCUCAGUUUCUCUAAAUAAGGGUUGUUACAAGGGACAGGAGACUAUAUCUAGGCUCAUUACAUAUGAUGGAAUCAAGCAGAGGUUAUGGGGAAUUCAUCUUUCUGCUGCGGCAGAACCUGGCAGCAUUAUCACAAUUGAUGGGAAAAAGGUUGGAAAGUUGACUAGCUACACACCCGGAAGGAAGCAAUCCGAACACUUUGGCUUAGGUUACAUCAAGAGGCGAGCUGCCUCGGAGGGAGACGUUGUAGUUGUUGCAGACAACAUCAAGGGAACAGUGGUGGAAGUACCAUUUCUUUCUCAGCAAUGCCCACCAUCUGCUAGUUGA